AUGGCGUGGCUGACUCUGGCGUCGACGAUUGGCGCCGUGCUGGCAACGACAGUCGGAUACAUUGUCCAGGCGACUUUCCGCCAUCGCCGCAAGAUCAACAAGCUCCGGAAGCAAGGCAUUGCAAGAUGGAGUUGGAUCUUUGGCCAUCUUCUGGUGCUCCAAAAGUAUGUCGACGGCAUCCCGCCCUACGCUGCAGUAGCAUUUGCAAUGAGAGAUCUCAGCAAGGAGUUUACCGACACGGAACUCUUCCUUAUGGACUUCUGGCCCGUCUAUCCCGCUCUCUACAUGUGCUUCGGCCCAGAGGCCAUCCACGAAAUCUGUGUCAAGUACAACCUGCCCAAGACGGAGCAGGCAUCCAAGUCUAUGCACCCCGUGGCCGGCGGUCCCGAUCUCCUCUCGAUGAAUGGGAGCCAAUGGAAGUACUGGAGAUCUUUAUUUAGCCCAGGCUUUAGCUCUGGUGCCAUGCUGGACAAUGUCCCUCAUAUCGUUGACUCUGUGCUUGUCUUUCGCCAGAAGCUGUUUGACAUGGUCGGCAAGGGCUUCUUCUCUCUCGACGAGAUGACCACGCGACUGACGAUGGAAAUUAUUCUAAAAGUCUCCCUUGACCACGACUCCAACUAUCAACGGUCCGAUCAUGUACUCGCCACAGCCCUCCGCCGCAUCAUCGCAGUCCAUUCUUUCUGGAACCCCUUCAUCUUGAUGAACCCUCUUCGGCCAAUUAUUCAAAAGUACAAUGGCCGAAUCAUGGACAAGUAUAUUCGUGCGGAGCUCGACGAGCGGUUCCAGGAAGCAAAGCUGGAGGGAACCGGAGGCUCUACCUCCAACAAGUCCGUCAUCGCCCUCGCUCUGAAGGCAUACUUCAAAGAGAAUGAGAACGUGGACAUCCAGAAGCAGGAUAGAAUCGACCCGGUCUUUGCGCGACACGCCACUUCGCAAAUCCGCGUCUUUCUCUUUGCCGGCAACGACACAACCGCAUCGAUGAUGGUCUAUGUCUACCAUCGACUAUCCAAACACCCCAAAUGGCUGGCCAAGCUGCGCCAAGAACACGAUGAAGUUUUCGGGAGCGCACCCGCGGACGCUGCGGAUCUUAUAAAGGAGAGCCCGAGUCUUCUAAACAAGUGCCCGCUGACGCUCGCCGUCAUCAAGGAGACGAUGCGUCUCCACGCACCCGCAGGCACGAUGCGCUGGGGCGCACCGGGCACAUUCAUCACAGAUCUCCAGGGCAACUUGCAGCCCAUGGACGACAGCGUGGGGGCCAACAUCCUCCACCAGGCGCUGCACCUGAACCCUCGCGUGUGGCCUCGCGCUGAGGAGUUCCUCCCGGAGCGGUUCCUCGUCGGCCCUGAGGAUCCCCUGUACCCUGUCGACGCAGCAUAUCGGCCCUUUGAGGCGGGACCUAGGAAUUGUAUCGGUCAGACUCUGGUCUGGAACGAGCUCAAGGUUGCUGCUAUCCUGACUUGCCGGGAGCUGCAGAUCAGGGAUGCUUAUGCCGACUUCGAUGCGAAGAGGGAGCGCGAGAUGGGCUGGUUCGCCAGGGUGAGGAGGAGACUGUUUGGGGGGCCGAUACGGACGCUACAUGGAGAUCGGGCGUACCAGAGUGAUUCUGGAGGUUUGCAUCCUGUGGAUGGGUAUCCUUGUUAUGUUAGUCGGGUGGUGGCGAGCUGA